UUAUCAAAAGUUGGUAUAUAACCUACAAGUCCACAGGGCUUACAACGGAGAAAACUAACAUCGACAUCAUUGCCACCAUGAAAACCUCAAAUCUCAUAUUGAUGUUAUUGUUUUUCAAGAACAAAUAGUUGUUCUGUUGUGUCAGCCCGCACAGGAAAGGAACUAUUGAUCUUCAGACCAGGUCUCAGCACAUCAAUAACUCAAAAUCGUAAAGUGUUCGGGAGGUCUGGGGUUCGAAUAUGAGACCGGAGACAGUCUAUUGAGUAUAAACAAAGUUUUACUUUUUCCACAUUCCAUGGAGUUAAGUGUGGUAAGAAAACCUUAAAGUCGGCCAUGAUCUCUUCAUACUGUUUACUGUUCGAGUCAUGAUUCAUUCUAUUUUUCUAUGCUGCAUUGCAAAUGAAUCUGAAUAAGCAAUAGACUAAUCAGUUAAGAACUAAUACGAAAGGAAAAGAUGCCACUAAGUCUACAAGUUUGUAUCCGUGCUGACUGUUGGAACAUUAUUCGUUGGCCAGUUGGCCAUACUUACUAGACUGACGUGCCAUCUUUUCUGUAGUUCACAGGCGUCACGUUUCGUUUUGACUGGCAGAAAGUUGCGUUUACCUGUAACGAAGGCAUGUGAAAUUGUGCGGCCAUGUUUCUGGAAGUUCUAUAAAAGUCUUUGCAUGUCCACGAUGGUUGAUAAUUGUCUAACGAGUGUAAAUAAUCGCAGUAUUAGUGCAAAUAUGUGUUUUAACAUUAAGUGAAGUGUACCUGACAGAGAAACGUUCAGUUUUAAGUGCUUCAAAAUGUUGUGUGUUCGCAACUGCAGUACUGUCGAUCUAGUUUCAUCUCGUGUUACUCAACGACGAAGUGUGUCAUCCUUAGUGCAGAUCAAAGGACUUCUAUUCUCAAAGGCCGGCAGAGAAGAGAGUGCAACAUCAUAAAUAUUCCUGAGAUUCGCUAUCCCGGUACCUAACUUCACUCUCUGGCCUUGGUGAUGGUAGAAAUCCUCUGAUGUUCUGGUGGUGGAAACAAACAACUUCUCUAACAUCUGUAGCCUCUAGCUACAAUCGUCGAGAUAAUCGAUGGAUUGUGGCAACGCAAUUCCGUCUUCCUUUGUUUAUGUGACCAAACAGCCCUCUGCACUCUCACUUUUCCUUCUUCGCCGGAAAAAUAAAUUGUCACAUUUCCACUCUUAUAUUUUUUAUUGUUACAGCAAAGAUAUGAAACGUCUUGGCCGUAAUUUUGAGAUAUGAAAGUGAAAAAAAUAAAGCAGACAUUCGUGCUAACUCCUCCCAUUAGUCACUUCUGUAAGUAGGUAAAGCAUGCUAUAAACACAAAAUAUUCGUGUGAAGUUCGUGAAUUUUGAUUACAUUAUUCGACUUACGUAACUCACGUCAUAGUGUUAAAAUUCCUGGAACAUAUUGAGGCGUUUCAUAUACUGUCAUGUCUAACUGCUUUUUAUGAUAUAUAUUAACACUAAUGCCUAAUAAACAGAUCGCUCCUGAACAAUAAUUCGUGCAAAUUUAAAAUAUUUGGAAUGGAGCUGGCAGAAUCAUGUGUACUCAGGAUACAGUCGUAACAUAAAUUACAACAUCCCUGUCAUGUAUAUAUUUUGAGCAUAACACGUUUAAAAAGCACUCAAAAUGGCAAUAGACUGGGUUAACGACACAGAGUAUGGAUCUGACGAAAAAAACUGCAGCCAGACAAAAGUUCAGUUUGAGAGCAGUUUGGGUGUGGCGUUGGCCGUUCCAGAGUGGGAAGCUGCAAUUACAGCAGUCACACUCUCCUCUAUCAUCCUGCUGACGGUCGUCGGCAACAUUUUGGUCAUUCUAAGUGUCUUCACAUACAAACCGCUAAGAAUAGUUCAAAACUUCUUCAUAGUGUCACUUGCAGUAGCGGAUUUAACAGUUGCAUUGCUGGUGUUACCAUUCAGUAUUGCUGUCCAAAUUCUAGGACGAUGGGAAUUCGGCAUACACGUGUGUAAAAUGUGGCUAACUUGUGAUGUACUUUGUUGCACAGCUUCUAUAUUACAUUUGUGUGCCAUCGCAUUGGACAGGUAUUGGGCAAUAACCGAUCCGAUCAAUUAUGCACAGAAAAGGACUCUAAAGCGUGUUCUUUUCAUGAUCGGGGUUGUAUGGGUACUAUCUGGUGUGAUCAGUUCUCCGCCUCUUAUUGGCUGGAACGAUUGGCCAGAGGUAUUCCACAAUGACACCCCGUGCCAGCUGACAUCUCAGCAAGGAUACGUCGUCUACUCAUCUCUUGGUUCUUUCUUUAUUCCGCUCUUCAUCAUGACUGUUGUUUAUGUUGAGAUCUUCAUAGCAACAAAGAGAAGGCUAAGAGAAAGGGCAAUGGCAUCUAAAUUAAAUGUUGUAAAGGUCAACGAAACGCAAAAUAUAUCCGUGAAGGAAGUGCACAACGAUCAAGAUUCUGUCAGCAGUGAGACCAACCACAAUGAGCAUCCUCUCCUAUCAGACGGGAGUUCUAUAACAAAAGAAAAGAAGAAGAAAUCUAAGAAGAAGAGAAAGAAGAAUGUCGGUGACGGUUCCUUGAAAGAAAAGUUUCUCCAGAAGCCAACUGUAAUAGCUGAAGAUUCUGUUACAGACAUCGGCGAUCCUCCUUCAGGAUCGCAUUGCACGGGCAGUUUGAAUCACUGUGGAGAUAACCACACACCUCCUACAAACACAACGACCACGACAGAGGAAUCUCCUAAGACAAGAAACGAAAAUCAAGUUGGGCACGCACCACCUUCUGCAAUUUCCGGUUCAAUCCCCGUCCCACAGUCUGGUGCCAAGAGACAGGUUCCAAUUUACCAGUUCAUUGAGGAGAAACAAAGGAUAUCAUUGUCUAAAGAAAGGCGUGCAGCGAGGACUCUGGGGAUUAUCAUGGGCGUGUUCGUGGUGUGCUGGCUGCCAUUUUCCCUCAUGUACGUCAUUGUGCCAUUUUGUGUUUCCUGUUGCCCGUCUGAUAAGAUGAUUUACUUCAUUACUUGGUUAGGGUAUAUCAACUCUGCUCUGAACCCCAUAAUAUAUACUAUAUUCAACAUGGAUUUUAGAAGAGCUUUCAAAAAGCUUCUUCACAUAAAGCCUUAGCUCCUACCGAUAGCGCGACACUUGUCUGCUCGCAGAUACUUUCAAGUAUUUUGAUCUGAGGUAUUAACCAAAAAUUAUACAAAAAGCUUAACAUUUUAUGCGAGUAUUUCUUGCACUUUGCGCUUAACUGCUUAGCUGACCUUACUGUGUUAGUACAGUACUAUAAAUACAUUUAGAUUUUACGUUUUUAUCUUCCCUAAUGAAAAUCUUACGAGCCAGCAUAGCUCAUUGAGCGAUAUAACUGAAGAUUUUAUCGACCGCAGAUCGAUUAACAAUCCAAGAAAAUAGUUUACCUUCAUCAUUAUAUCCAGAUUGAUUCUAUGCCCCACCCAGCCUCCAAUCAAAUUCGUACCAUUGUUUUUUUUUUCCUCGAAGGUAAAAUAGCUGGAACGUGGAGCUGAUUAAUCACCUCUAUGUCCUGCCAAAUUUAAGACUGUGUGGAGCUUUAUAUUCACUCCACCAUACAUCUUUAUGGUGUAGUGCAUAAGAACAUAGGCAAACACACGUUUUAUUCAGUGAGAAAUUUAUUUUGGGACCAUUAUUAAUAUUACUCCUAAUUACGAGGCAUUGAACUUGUGGGCACUUUAGUUAAAUGAUGAGAGGGAGCAGAAUAUUUAGCUGUUCAUUUUCCAAAAUAGGAUUAAAAAAAAGAGUAUCUUCGACAUGCAUAAUUCAUUUUGCCAUUUUGAUUCUUGCAACAGGAUUUUAUAGAAAAUUAACCGAAAAUCCACAUGCAAAAAUAAUUUCAUAAAUUUUACGUCCUUGAUCAUGCAUGCGGAUGAGGUAGCAAGAAUGUGCGGGCGUACUCUUUCUUAAUCAACUGGUAAAGAUACUAGAGUACAAAGAAUAUCGUACUGGUCGCAUGUAACUUUUCUUAUUAAUAACAUGGCCGUCUCUAAAAAUUUCAAUCAUUAAUUCUCAAUUACUUCUGGCGGAUGUUUCACAGUUAAUCCGGGUAUUAAUAAUAAGAGUUAAAUAAUAUUUAUCUUUCGCCACUCAAUACUCAAAAGCGUACAUAACAACUACGUCAACAUGACGUAAAAUAUCCUUAAAGUACAUAACCAAACAUAAUAUGUACUCCUAUUUUUAAGAUCUGUGACGUCAUCACUCGAGACAUAUUUUCCCUUAAAUGUAGUCGUUAUGUUAACUUAACAAAAAGAAUCGAACUGUGUACGCAAAUAUUUACAUUAUUCUUGUUUUCUAAAAAUCAGCGUUUCUCGACGAGGAAGUCUUUGCUUUAUUAAGAAGAUGGACAUUUCUCGAAGUUCUUUAUUUUUUCUAUUUCUCAUAAUGGCUAGAAGCUACUCUUAAGUCUCCCCCGAGCUUCUUCUGGCUUUAUAUAAACUCUGCCGAACAUGCCCGUAACUUCAUCUCAUAGCUACUGCACAGAUCCGAACUACUCUGCUUUCUACACGAAGUCGUCGAAGGAAGACAGGGGUGACCAAACCAUG